CUGUUUGAUGGGAUAUCAUUGUGUCCGAUUUGAACUGCCAACUAAACAACGUUUUAGGAGACCUCGUGAGACAUCCACCAGGGCUGUGCUUUUUACAAACCAUAACUAAGUGCAUUGCAAAUACGGAUUCCCACUGUGGUUGCAUGCAUGAUUGGGAGCCCUUUGGGUGUCACUGUACAGGCGUGGCAGUGGGCUGGUCCAGGCGCACCAAGCGAUGAAAAACAUCCUUCGAUUUGCUAUCAUCUGAGGCCCUGAAAUAAUCUGACAAAGGAACCCUGCUGUCGCAACCAAAGGGUGAUCAUCUAGUUUGUAAUUAACUGCCUCUGCUUCUUCCUGAGGUACGGCUUCGGGGCUGUGGGUGUGCCGCGCCCGCACAGAAGACGCGCUCCUGAGGAUGCACUGAGCUAUCCUCAUCCACCCCUGGUUGUAAGACGCCCACUGCAAAACAGUAGAAGAUGAGCAAGUCCCCGACCCCCAAAGGCACCCCGGUGCAGCGCAGCCCCAGUGAUGGGGUCCCUGAGGGCCUCCAGUCUCCCCAGCAAUCCACACCAAGCUCCGGACCCCAACAGAAGAAACGCAUCUCCAGCCUCCUUCAGAGUCCGUCGUUCAGGGAGGAGCUGGAUGUGCUGAUCCAGGAGCAGAUGAAGAAAGGUGGCAGCUCCUCUAACCUCUGGGCUCUGAGGCAGCUGGCUGACUUCAUGGCCUCACACGGCUCCCCGGCCGCCCUGCCCGUCUCCCCUUCUAACAUGAUGAUGGUGACCCCCAUCAAUGACCUGCAGAGCUGGGAGCCUGGCAGCAUGGUGAAGGGGGAGAGGUUGAUGCGCUGCAAGCUGGCGAGUGUCCAUCGCCUGUUUGAUCUGUACGGCUGGGCCCAGAUCAGCCGCACAUGUCUCACUCUGCGUGUCAGUAAAGAACAGGAACACUUCCUGGUGCUUCCACACGGCCUGGCCUACAGCGAGGUGACUGGAUCCAGUCUGGUAAAGGUGAACAUCCUGGGUGAGGUGGUGGAGAAGGGCAGCACCAACCUGGGCGUGGACACGGAGGAGUUCAGCCUGCACUCGGCCAUCUACUCGGCCCGGCCAGACGUUCGCUGCCUGCUUCACCUCCACACACCGGCCACGGCUGCGGUGAGUCAGCCUGCGCCAAAGGGAGAGUUUGGCAUCAGCUCACAGCUCCAUGAAUCAACCAACGGGCAUGAGUGCAUGGCCUGA